AUGCGGACUUACAAGAGAAAAACUACAAGACGUUCUUACACUACUGAAGAUUUAAAAAAUGCUGCAAAGGCUGUGAACCAUGAAGGUAAAAGUGUUAAUGCCACCGCUAAAGAAUUCGGUAUCAAACGGAUGACUUUGACAAGAUAUCUGAAAAGAUUAAAUGAAGGUGGCGAUUCAUCCAUGGGCUAUGCAACACCGAGACAAGUAUUUUCUUCUACACAGGAAGAUUCACUGAAAAAAUACUUGCUACAAAUUGCAUCAAUUUUCUACGGAUAUUCUCCAAAAGAUGUCCGUCGCCUUGCCUACGAAUGUGCUAAUAAAUUUGAAAUUGAAAUUCCACCCAGCUGGACUGCAAAUAAGAUGGCCGGAAAAGAAUGGCUUACGAUGUUUUUAAAACGAAAUCCGGAGUUAUCCAUACGAAAACCAGAACCCACCAGCCUUGGUAGGGCAACAUCAUUUAAUGCGCAGAAUGUUAAAGUUUUCUUUGAGAAAUUAGCGGAAGUAAUGGAUAGAUAUGGAUUUACAGCGGCAGACAUUUGGAAUAUAGAUGAGACAGGAGUAUCCACUGUGCUGAAGCCAAAUAAAAUUGUAACUGCCAAAGGUAAGCGCAACGUCGGCGCAAUGACUUCUGGAGAACGAGGGACUAACGUUACAGUGGUAACUGCUGUAUCUGCUCUUGGAAAUGCUGUACCGGCUAUGUUUUUAUUUCCGAGAAAACAGUUUAAGACACACUUUCUUAUUGGUGGUCCCCCUGAAUGUAUAAGAGCAGGCAAUGCUAGUGGAUGGGUUACGGACGAAGAAUUCUAUCAGUUUAUGCAACAUUUUAUAAAACAUGUGAAACCGUCCAUGGAGCGCCCGGUUUUGUUAGUGUUGGAUAAUCACUCCUCUCACUUGAACGUGAAGACACUAACUUUAGCCAAAGAGAAUGGAGUUGUAAUGCUGUCCUUUCCACCGCAUUGUAGCCAUAAGUUACAACCGUUGGAUGUGUCAGUUUUUGGACCGUUCAAAAAGUAUUGCGCUGCUGCUCAAGAUGCAUGGCUACGUAACAACCCCGGAAAAACCCUUACUAUUUAUGACGUACCAAAAAUAGUCGCAGAUUCGUUGCCGUUUGCUCAGACAAGUAUAAAUAUUGUUAACGGUUUCCGAAAGACAGGCAUCUUCCCGUAUAAUGCAAACAUUUUUGGUGAGGAUGAGUUUUCCCCAUCAUUUGUAACUGACCGUCCUGGAUUAGAAAAUAGCGAGCCGGGAAAAGAUUAUCCAGAGCAACCUGUGAUGUCCAGUACUGCAUCUAAUCCCACUCCUUCUGCCUCCACAAGCCAAGCUGAACUCGAACCAAGCAAUAAAGAAAAUGAGUCAGUCAACCUAAUACAAGUAUUUUCCCCGGAAAUUGUAAGACCAUUCCCAAAGGCUGGUCCUAGAAAAGUAGGUACAACUAACAGAAGAAAGAGGAAAGCUGCAAUACUAACUGACACACCCGAGAAGAACGCCCUAGAAGAACAACAAAAUAAAACCACAAAAAAAGUUAAGAAGACAAAGAAAAAGUUGGAUAAGAAAAAAAAAAGGAUAUCUGUAAAAAAAUACUCCAGUCAAGUGAUGAAAGUGACAAUGGUGAUUAUUCCUGUCUGA